AUGAUUGCAGUGCAUGCUUACGCUCUUGAUGUCGAAAACUACGCCGACUUCAGCAUCAGGGAUUUUUUUCGAGAAAGGAAAAAGCGUACCGGCCUCACCGAUCUAAGCAAUGCCGUUGCAAAUGGAUUGCACAUCAGGCCAGAAAUCGAGGAGAAUUGUCGUGGUGGUUUAACUUCCAAACCUCGAGAAACUAUUCCACCUGUAGAAUCGGACCGUUCACCAUCUCCUCCGCAGAUGGAACGCUCUGAAUGUCCGUUAAUUGAUACAUUCAUUUGGGCGCAUCAAAUGCAGAGUGACGACACCACUUCGGUGUUAGAUUUGUAUUAUGUCCCAGAAUAUGCAUCUGACAUUUUUGAGUAUUUUCGAUUUCGAGAGCAGCGUUUCCGCUCAACUGAUUAUUUACCAAAUCAUCCUAAAAUGCUGAAAGUUCGCCGUGCAAAGGUUGUUGAUUGGUUCUCUAGAUGUCAGGAAACUUUUAAAGUUUCUCGUGACGUGUUUUACCAUUCUGUCAAGUUAUUUGAUAUUUAUUUAUCUCUGUCUAAUAAUAUACAACAGAUCGAUUUCCUUGCUGCAGCCGUGUUUAUUCUAGCUACUAAAGUUGAUCAACAAUUUGCCCCACAGGCACGGGAAUUCUGCAACUUGUCUGCCACCUCAAGAGCUCAGACGCUCCAAAAAUACGAGCGAGAAAUCUUAAUCACACUUAACUGCGAUAUUAAUUUUCCACUUUCAUAUCGUUUUCUACGACGUUUUGCAAUACUUGCUAGCCUUGAUGGAUCGACAGUCACAAUGGCGCGUUAUGUGCUAGAAACAUCACUUUUAUUCUAUGAAUUUAUAGGUGUUCGAGAAAGCGUAAUGGCGGCAGCAAGUCUUCUCUUGGCAUUAAAAAUAAAGGAAGCUGACAAUUGGCCACCGAGAUUGGAAUACUACACGGGUUAUACAGUGCAAGAGAUGGAACCUCUGAUGUGGCGUCUGAAUCAUAUGUUGGUAAUGUGUCCAAUAGUUUUCCCACAAUGUCGUAGUAUAUUUGAGAGAUAUGCACGACCUUCGUAUCUUCAUGUUGCUAAUACGGAUCCUCUUCCGGACCGGUAUUCUUACAAUGAACCAGUUGGACCUCCUCCGAACCUAGGAUUUCGAAGAGAAGAGUAA